GUGUUUUUUACUUUUUACCCACCUUACAAAACUAUCACUUAAACCAAUAACAAAGAAUACAAAUGAAAUGAAUGUAGCUGCACUGUGGUCUUCUUUUGGUUAAUGGUAUAUAAUUGCAGAGAAUGUUUUGGCCUUGGCUUCGGUUGCUUGCUGGUGGUGUCUAAAUGCAUGAUGGGAGAAAAUACACCUGGGUGCAUGGGAACGGGUAACACUUAACUCUCUAUGGUCCAGUGCAUUGGUCAGUGUUCCUGCUUUCCCACCCCUUCCCCCCAACUCUUCCCAUCUUCCACCCACCUUUUAUUUCUGCCUUCUCAGGGUGCCUGCUUGCCCCCAGGUGAUGUUUUAUAAUUGUUCCUUGACCCCUCCAUUUUUCUUGAUACGUUCUUCGAUGCCUCAGAGUCUGUGCUGGCCCCUGCUUGCUUCAAUAAACCUCUGAGUUGACUGCAGGAGGCAUGCUUAGCACUGUCCUUCCUAUGAAUGUCACUCACCCCCCACACCAUUGCAGUGAGCCCUCUCCAGGCAGAGGUUUUCUUUUCCUAAGUGCAGCCAAAGUUUCCAGACAGAGUACCUCUCCUUCUUCUUGGGGUUAAGAGGUUGUUUCCAUGCCCUUUCCUGUAACUUCAAAAACCAUUGUUUGCUAUCUGUAUUUACUUUAGUGUACUCCUGAAAGUGGUCCCUCUGGUUUAAAGUUCUCACAGUGAAAGGUUUGGCCCCCAAAGUCCAAGACAGACCCUAUUUCUUUCUCACCUUAGUUUUGACGAUGUCAAAGGACAUGUACUUGAACACAGCAGAACAUUCAGAUUAUCUGAAGCAGGAACACUGAACCAUGUUUGCUUGACAGUGGGUCUGGUUUUGGUGUUUGUUUUUUCUGUGUCAUGUUGUUUUAACAUAGUCACUCCUCUUAAUGUCACAUCCUGCUGUGUAGUUUAGAUCCAUUGUCCAUCACUUUGAAUAUAGACAUAAAGUUCCUCUUUACUGGAUUCUGUGGUCAUUGAUGCUAUUUAACCUUAUAUACAAGCUGGAUGGAAUCCUGAAUGUGAAUCCCUCCUCCCUGAGACUGCAAUCCUCUACCUGUAACAACCUCCCUGUAAUCAUCUAACCUGUUACCUUCUAACUUUCAAUCAAGUUCACAUCUCAAGCACAACACUCUACCUUCUUUCUGUUUGUUUGUUUUAAUUUCCCACUGUUCCUUCUUUGUCUUUGUCUAGGAUUCCAGCCAUUCUUCUGUUGUUCUAUUGUGGACCUUAAGAGUCCCAACUUCUGCAUGACUUGCAUGACUCAAUCCAUUCGCCGUGUCCCACCAAGAUUCUCUAUCCCACCCACUAAUCAUGAAAUAAUGCCAGGUGGAAGUGUUAAUAUCACCUGUGUGGCAGUGGGGUCACCAAUGCCUUAUGUGAAGUGGAUGUUGGGGGCAGAAGAUCUGACACCUGAAGAUGAUAUGCCAAUAGGAAGAAAUGUCUUAGAACUGAACGAUGUAAGACAGUCAGCAAAUUACACCUGUGUUGCUAUGUCAACACUGGGCGUCAUUGAAGCAAUAGCACAGAUCACUGUCAAAGCCUUACCCAAGCCUCCAGGGACUCCAGUGGUGACUGAGAGCACAGCUACAAGCAUCACACUGACGUGGGACUCUGGGAACCCUGAACCUGUCUCUUACUACAUCAUUCAACAUAAGCCUAAAAAUUCUGAAGAACCAUACAAAGAAAUUGAUGGGAUAGCAACCACACGCUACAGUGUGGCUGGACUAAGUCCCUACUCGGAUUAUGAAUUUAGAGUUGUUGCUGUCAAUAACAUUGGUCGAGGUCCACCAAGUGAGCCUGUAUUAACGCAGACCUCAGAGCAAGCACCAUCCAGUGCCCCACGGGAUGUCCAGGCACGCAUGUUGAGCUCAACUACCAUUCUGGUACAGUGGAAGGAACCUGAGGAGCCAAAUGGACAGAUCCAAGGAUAUAGAGUUUAUUAUACAAUGGACCCAACUCAGCAUGUCAACAACUGGAUGAAACACAAUGUAGCUGAUAGCCAAAUCACUACUAUUGGCAAUUUAGUACCCCAAAAAACAUACUCUGUCAAAGUCCUGGCUUUUACCUCAAUUGGAGAUGGCCCUCUUUCAAGUGACAUACAAGUCAUUACUCAGACAGGAGUACCAGGGCAGCCACUAAAUUUCAAAGCUGAACCUGAAUCUGAAACAAGUAUUUUGAUGUCUUGGACACCUCCGCGUUCAGAUACCAUUGCCAGCUAUGAACUGGUCUACAGAGAUGGGGAGCAAGGAGAAGAGCAGCGAAUCACCAUUGAGCCAGGCACAUCUUACAGGCUGCAAGGGCUGAAACCAAACAGCCUAUACUACUUCCGUCUGUCUGCACGCUCUCCUCAAGGCCUGGGUGCUUCUACAGCUGAAAUAUCAGCUAGAACAAUGCAAUCAAAGCCAUCAGCUCCUCCUCAAGAUAUUAGUUGCACCAGCCCAAGCUCCACUAGUAUUUUGGUAAGUUGGCAACCUCCACCAGUGGAAGAGCAGAAUGGCAUUAUCACUGAAUACUCCCUCAAGUAUGCUGCAGUCCAUGGGGAAGACUACAAGCCUCAUGAGGUUUUGGGAAUUCCUCCGGAUACUACCAAAUACCUUUUGGAACAGCUGGAAAAAUGGACUGAAUACCGGAUCACUGUGACUGCCCACACAGAUGUCGGCCCUGGCCCUGAGAGCUUGUCCGUGUUGAUUCGAACCGAUGAAGAUGUUCCCAGUGGUCCUCCUCGAAAAGUCGAGGUGGAGGCUGUCAAUGCCACGGCUGUUAAAGUCUCGUGGCGCUCACCUGUGCCCAAUAAGCAGCAUGGCCAGAUAAGAGGAUAUCAGGUGCACUAUGUGAGAAUGGAAAACGGGGAGCCCAAGGGCCAGCCCAUGCUGAAGGACGUCAUGCUGGCUGAUGCACAGUGGGAAUUUGAUGAUGCUACUGAACAUGACAUGAUCAUCUCUGGGCUACAGCCUGAAACGUCCUACUCCCUGACUGUCACAGCUUACACCACCAAAGGCGAUGGUGCUCGAAGCAAGCCCAAGCUAGUGUCCACCACUGGGGCAGUUCCAGGGAGACCCCGGCUUGUGAUUAACCACACCCAAAUGAAUACGGCUCUCAUUCAGUGGCACCCCCCUGUGGACACAUUUGGACCCCUUCAGGGCUAUCGUCUAAAAUUUGGCCGGAAAGACAUGGAGCCCCUCACUACUCUUGAAUUCUCUGAGAAAGAAGACCACUUUACAGCCACAGAUAUCCACAAGGGUGCAUCAUACAUCUUCAGACUCUCAGCCAGAAAUAAAGUGGGCUUUGGGGAGGAAAUGGUGAAAGAAAUUUCUGUUCCAGAAGAAAUACCAACUGGAUUUCCUCAAAACCUCCACUCAGAAGGCACCACUUCAACUUCCGUUCAGUUAUCUUGGCAACCACCUGUCCUGGCAGAAAGAAAUGGCAUUAUCACCAAAUAUACCAUCCUGUAUAGGGAUAUCAACAUUCCCCUUCAUCCAAUGGAGCACCUUAUUGUUCCAGCUGACACCUCUAUGACACUCACUGGCUUAAAAUCAGAUACUACAUAUGAUGUAAAAGUACGUGCUCACACGAGCAAAGGGCCCGGGCCAUAUAGUCCCAGUGUCCAGUUCAGGACACUGCCUGUGGAUCAAGCAGUGUUUGCAAAAAAUUUUCAUGUCAAAGCAGUUAUGAAGACUUCAGUGCUGCUGUCUUGGGAGAUUCCAGAGAAUUACAAUUCUGCUAUGCCUUUCAAAAUUCUUUAUGAUGAUGGGAAGAUGGUAGAAGAAGUGGAUGGCCGAGCUACUCAGAAGUUAAUUGUUAACCUGAAGCCUGAGAAAUCAUACUCCUUUGUGUUAACCAAUCGUGGGAACAGUGCUGGUGGAUUACAGCAUAGGGUAACAGCGAAGACUGCCCCAGAUGUGCUCCGAACCAAGCCUGCCUUCAUUGGGAAGACCAACUUGGAUGGCAUGAUUACUGUGCAACUACCUGAUGUUCCUGCAAAUGAAAACAUAAAGGGUUACUACAUUAUAAUUGUGCCUUUGAAGAAGUCUCGUGGGAAAUUCAUCAAGCCCUGGGAGAGCCCUGAUGAAAUGGAGUUGGAUGAGCUGCUUAAGGAGAUAUCUAGGAAACGCAGAAGCAUCCGUUAUGGGAGAGAAGUUGAAUUAAAGCCAUAUAUUGCUGCUCACUUUGAUGUCCUUCCCACUGAGUUCACCCUGGGGGAUGACAAACAUUAUGGCGGAUUUACUAACAAGCAACUCCAAAGUGGACAAGAAUAUGUUUUCUUUGUGUUAGCAGUGAUGGACCAUGCAGAAUCUAAAAUGUAUGCAACCAGCCCAUACUCCGACCCUGUUGUGUCAAUGGAUCUGGAUCCACAACCAAUCACAGAUGAAGAAGAAGGCUUGAUAUGGGUCGUAGGUCCUGUCCUUGCUGUGGUCUUUAUCAUCUGUAUUGUGAUUGCUAUUCUUCUUUAUAAAAGUAAACCUGACAGGAAGAGGGCAGAGUCAGAGUCCAGAAAAAGCAGCUUACCGAACAAUAAGGAAGUCCCUUCACACCACCCAACAGACCCAGUAGAGCUGAGACGCCUUAACUUUCAAACGCCAGGUUCAGAUGAUUCCGGUUACCCUGGUAACCUUCAUUUUUCAAGUAUGGCUAGCCAUCCUCCAAUACCUAUCUUGGAACUUGCAGACCAUAUUGAGAGGUUGAAAGCAAAUGACAACCUGAAGUUUUCCCAGGAAUAUGAGUCAAUUGACCCUGGCCAGCAGUUCACAUGGGAACACUCAAACUUGGAAGUAAACAAACCAAAGAACAGAUAUGCAAAUGUCAUUGCAUAUGAUCACUCUAGGGUUCUCUUAUCAGCAAUAGAAGGUAUCCCUGGAAGUGACUAUGUGAAUGCCAACUACAUAGAUGGAUAUAGGAAACAAAAUGCCUAUAUUGCAACACAAGGAUCUCUUCCCGAAACAUUCGGGGACUUUUGGAGAAUGAUAUGGGAGCAACGGAGUGCCACAGUUGUCAUGAUGACAAAGCUUGAAGAAAGGUCAAGGGUGAAGUGUGACCAGUAUUGGCCCAGCAGAGGCACUGAAACUCAUGGGCUGGUCCAGGUGACGCUGCUGGAUACUGUGGAGCUAGCCACAUACUGUGUCAGGACAUUUGCACUUUAUAAGAAUGGUUCCAGUGAGAAGAGAGAAGUGAGACAAUUCCAGUUCACCGCCUGGCCUGAUCACGGGGUUCCAGAGCACCCCACACCUUUCCUAGCGUUCUUACGAAGAGUCAAAACCUGUAACCCUCCAGAUGCAGGGCCAAUGGUCGUGCACUGCAGUGCGGGUGUUGGCCGGACUGGCUGCUUCAUUGUAAUAGAUGCCAUGUUAGAAAGAAUAAAGCAUGAGAAAACUGUAGAUAUUUAUGGCCAUGUAACUCUAAUGAGAGCCCAGAGGAAUUACAUGGUGCAGACAGAGGACCAGUACAUCUUUAUCCAUGAUGCGCUGUUAGAAGCAGUGACAUGUGGAAAUACCGAAGUGCCGGCUAGAAACUUGUAUGCCUACAUUCAGAAGCUGACACAAAUAGAAACAGGGGAGAAUGUCACCGGAAUGGAGCUCGAAUUUAAGCGUCUAGCCAGUUCAAAAGCUCACACCUCAAGAUUCAUCAGUGCCAAUCUUCCAUGUAAUAAAUUCAAAAACCGCCUUGUUAAUAUUAUGCCAUAUGAAUCCACAAGGGUGUGCCUGCAGCCUAUCAGAGGAGUAGAAGGCUCUGAUUACAUCAAUGCCAGUUUUCUUGAUGGAUACAGACAACAGAAAGCCUACAUUGCUACACAGGGGCCCUUAGCAGAGACAACUGAAGACUUCUGGCGCAUGCUUUGGGAACACAACUCUACCAUUGUUGUGAUGCUCACCAAGCUGAGAGAGAUGGGCAGAGAGAAAUGUCACCAGUACUGGCCAGCAGAACGAUCUGCAAGAUACCAGUAUUUUGUUGUAGAUCCCAUGGCUGAGUAUAACAUGCCUCAGUAUAUCCUGAGGGAAUUCAAGGUCACAGAUGCCAGGGACGGCCAGUCCCGAACAGUGAGGCAGUUCCAGUUCACUGACUGGCCAGAACAAGGAGUGCCAAAGUCUGGAGAAGGAUUUAUUGAUUUCAUUGGCCAGGUCCAUAAAACAAAGGAGCAGUUUGGACAAGAUGGGCCCAUUUCAGUGCAUUGCAGUGCUGGCGUUGGAAGAACUGGAGUCUUCAUAACACUGAGUAUUGUAUUGGAAAGAAUGAGAUAUGAAGGAGUUGUAGAUAUAUUCCAGACAGUCAAAAUGUUAAGAACACAGCGACCAGCCAUGGUACAAACAGAGGAUCAAUACCAGUUCUGCUAUCGAGCCGCACUAGAAUACCUGGGCAGCUUUGAUCACUAUGCAACGUAGAAACCCCUGAUCCCUUCUGGAUUUUUUCUACAGGCCCUUCGCUAUCCAUGGCGUCUCUUCUGAGCCAUACAGGGCACUUGAGAAGUCCUUCUUAACUUCUAGCUAACAGCCACUUAGUGGGACUAUUACAAAACAAAAACAAACUCUUCCAAGUGGACCAAGAAUUCACAGUUUAAUCAUCUAACCUGAAAAAUAAUAACAAGAAUCCUGACUUAGGGAGGCAUCUGAAGGAUUUUAUUUACAGAUACCUCAAGGAUUCAAAAUAAAGGGAAGAAGAAAUGACAGCAAAGAACUACCAUCUUGUUCAAGAUUGCUUGGUGGAGACAGAGAGAGCUUGCCUGUGGGCCUCCGUUUAGCACAAGGCAUUGGCUGGUGUGGCCUCUCACAAUAAGGUGGACUCUGCUUCAACAUCACCCCUUUCCCUAUGCCACUCAUACUUACAUUUUAGGAGUAAGGGUGGGGAUGUUUAAAAAGAAAUUCCUUGAUUUCAUUUUAGUGUUGUAAAAGAUUCUGCUGCCCUGUGCUUCAUUUCUGACUGUGUAAACUUCUUUUUUUAAACAAAUGUAUCAUUCGAUAAAGUAAAUUUAAAAAGUUAUGUAAUUCUUCAUUUUUUUUUUAAUUUCUGAACUGGGGGUUUUUUAAGCAGUAGAAUGGUUAUCUGUAAUAUCUUACUGUAGAAGUAUCAAAUCAUUUGAAAUUUUGCACAUUUUUGUGCAACACUCAAUCUACAGUAUCUGUGUCAACAGAUAUUACUUAUACAUUUGUUUGACAUAACUGAUGGGAAAGUGCCCAUUCUCUGCAAGAAUUCAAGGGGAAUUUUGGUUUGCUUUGUUUUAUUUUUGGAAUCAACAGGGAGGCGCAAAGUAUAAAGUUGCUGCUAACAUAUGCAUAUAUAGAUAGAUAUCUAUAUUUUAAGGGUAUCUAUGUAUAUAUAGACAGUAUGUCCACACAAAGAUUUAACUGCCAUUCAAUUCUUCCAUUGUUUAGUUGUUUUUAGGAUUAAAAGCGAUUGUAACCAUCUUUUCCAAGUUAUUUUUAAUAUUUCAAAACUUUAAUUUGUAAAGGGAAUUGAGGAGUGCACAUCAUUGAUUAUUGAACCUCGCCCCUGACUUUCCUGCCCUGCAUUCCCCCACCUACCCAAUCAUAUUCACAAAUACUGUUUCGUUAGCCAGGCUUCCAACAAAAUUCAAUAUUUCUAACACUCUAGUGCAAUAACAAUUCUUAAAUAUCUAAGAGGUGUGCAUGUGGGAAAGGUCAGUGCAUAUCCCUUUAGGAGGGAAGAAUGUUGUAAUAUAUCAGCUAUCAAGUUGUUUUUUAAAAAAAAGUAUAUUCAAUCAUAUAUUGUCUAUAGUAUGUGCUAUGAAAUUUGCAUUUAUGAUAUGUAACAGGGGCAAAGCCAAACUCAUGUUACUCUUUCAGUCAGAAACAUGUUGUGGCUGUGGCGUCCCUGGGAGAUGCUGCGUUGUUUCUCGUGGCUGUGGCGUUCCUGGGAGGCGCUGUGCUGUUUUAUUUGGUUUUAGUUCUGCAUUUAGAGUGCCUUAUAAUUGAUGCCUAUUUUAAUAGCAUUUAUUUUUACCUUUUGGUUGAUUUCCAUUAGUUGUUCACAUCUGUUACUCUUUCAAUUAAAGUAUUAUCUGUUUA